GACGGCACAUCCGCCAUUUUGGUACUAUUACGGACUGCGUUAUCUUUCGACAACAAUAGUAAUGCAAGUUGUUCUAUGUUUGCUCGAUUUUUAUAUUGUUAGUGAAGUGUAAUGUGAAUUAUAACAUCUGAAUUACAAUAAGGAUCAUGGAGGAGUCCAACGAGGACCGAAAUGUCUCUCCAGAACUCUACUUUCUGAUAGCGAAAUUUCUUUCUGGCGGGCCCCUGAAGGAAACUGCAAAGACUUUGAUAAAAGAGCUAGAAAGCGUCGAGGUCCUGCCUCGACGUACUGACUGGGAGGGCAAUGAGCACACACAAUCUUACGAUGAAUUGUCAUCACAGUACAAAGACAUGCCACCGGAGAGGCUGGCCGAGGUGUGCCAGCAGGCGCUCCGGCUCAGCUCGUCCCGGGGGCAGGUGGCUGCGAAGCUGUCCUUGUUGGGAGACACCCUGGUUAGACCCCCACCUAAGUAUACACCGUAUAAGGAGGACCAUAGUUUGGUCCGCCGAAUAGCCCGCCGUGAGCUAGGCUUCGGCUCCGCAGCGGCACUAGGCGGGGUCGGGGGCAAGGGGCUCGUGUCCCCGCGCCUGCUGUCGGGGCUGCAGCUGCAGAGGAGGACGUUGGGGCAUCUGAGCGCGGUGUACUGUUUGCUGUUCGAUUGCACGGGCCGAUAUGUUGUGACGGUCAUAGGCCCCUACAGCCUACGAAUAGCCCGCCGCGAGCUAGGCUUCGGCUCCGCAGCGGCGCUAGGCGGGGUCGGGGGCAAGGGGCUCGUGUCCCCGCGCCUGCUGUCGGGGCUGCAGCUGCAGAGAAGGACGUUGGGGCAUCUGAGCGCGGUGUACUGUUUGCUGUUCGAUUGUACGGGCCGAUAUGUUGUGACGGGUGCAGAUGAUCUUCUAGUAAAAGUAUGGUCGGCGCGAGACGGCCGCCUGUUGGCUACUCUGAGAGGCGCCGGCGCAGAGAUAACAGACGUAUGCAUAACAUCGGACGGAGCAUUACUAGCGGCGGGCAGUGUGGAGAGAGCCGUGCGAGUGUGGCGGCUGGACACGGCCGCGCCCGUCGCCUCUCUCACGCAACACACCGGCACCAUCACUGCUGUCCACUGGUCGCCCACAAAAGACAACGACCUCCGCUGGCUAGCCUCAACGUCCACGGACGGGUCGGUGGCGUUCUGGACGUGUUCCCGCUCCGGGCAGUUCCUGUCGCAGCCCGUCCAGUACGUGGAGCGCAUGCGGCCCGGCGCCUGCCACAUGAUCUGCGCCGCCUGCGACACGCCACAGACGCCGGCGUCGACGUCCACGGACGGGUCGGUGGCGUUCUGGACGUGUUCCCGCUCCGGGCAGUUCCUGUCGCAGCCCGUCCAGUACGUGGAGCGCAUGCGGCCCGGCGCCUGCCACAUGAUCUGCGCCGCCUGCGACACGCCACAGACGCCGGCGUCGACGUCCACGGACGGGUCGGUGGCGUUCUGGACGUGUUCCCGCUCCGGGCAGUUCCUGUCGCAGCCCGUCCAGUACGUGGAGCGCAUGCGGCCCGGCGCCUGCCACAUGAUCUGCGCCGCCUGCGACACGCCACAGACGCCGGCGUCGACGUCCACGGACGGGUCGGUGGCGUUCUGGACGUGUUCCCGCUCCGGGCAGUUCCUGUCGCAGCCCGUCCAGUACGUGGAGCGCAUGCGGCCCGGCGCCUGCCACAUGAUCUGCGCCGCCUGGUCGGCUGGUGGUGCAUUCCUGGCGGCCGGCUCGGCGGACCACCACGUCAGGCUAUACAUGAUCGAGCCAGGCGCCAGUCCAAGAAGAGUGCUAGAGACAGCGGCUCACAGCGACGCCGUGGACUCGCUCUGCUGGGCGCGGCGCGGCCUCCGCUUCGUGUCCGGAAGCAAGGACGGCACGGCGGCGCUGUGGUCCCUGCAGUGCGCGCAGUGGCGACACACUGUGCUGCGCAUAGAGCCCGCCGGUGAAACGACAGACAACAAGAAGCUGAAAGUGACGAUGGUACAGUGGGACGUGAGCGACGCGUACAUAGUCACAGCCGUGUCUGACUGUACAAUUAGAGUAUGGUGCUCAAAAACGGCCACCCAAGUGAAAGUGCUGUUCGGGCACUCGGACGAGGCGUAUGUCCUGGAGGCGCACCCGUGGCUGCGCGGCGUGUUCCUGUCCGCGGGGCACGACGGACAGCUGCGAGUGUGGGACGCCGCCACCGGCGAAACAAUAGCGACCUUCCACAACCGCAUCGAAGGCCAAGGCUGCGGCGCCAUCUUCGACGCUGCGUGGGGCUGCGACGGCGCCGUCAUAGCCUGCAGCGACUCCCACGGACACCUGCUGCUGCUGGGCCUGGGCCAGGGACACCGCCUGUUCCGCCAGCUGCCGGCCGAGCUGUUCUUCCACACCGACUACCGGCCGCUAGUCCGCGACGCUUUAGGCGGCGCCCUAGACGAGCAAACAGAGACGCCCCCGCACCUGAUGCCGCCCCCGUUUCUAGUGGACGUGGAGGGCGCGCCGCACCCGCCGCAGCUGCAGCGCCUCGUGCCCGGCAGGGAGAACCUGACCCUCAGCCAGUUGAUCCCGCUGACGGGUGACGAGGACGCCGGCAGCUCGCAGCUCGACCUCAUGAUCGAGGCUCUGAGGAGGAGGCAUGAGGAUGACGGUCCAAUAAUGAACGGGCUCAACCACUCUUUGGACGACGAGCACCGCUCCGUGUGGCGCGGCUCCGGAGUCAGGAGGACCUUGGGGUCAUGGCAGCGCGGCUCGCCGUUGCACGCGCCGCACGACAUAUCGCCGCUGGUGCCUCCGCUCGCGCCCGCCGCCAGGGCAGAGAUUGAGAAGAAGGGGGCGGAGUUAUACGAGAUGGAGCUGGCGUGGUACAAGCGCGAGCUGCGGCGGCGUCCGCUCAUGAUCAGCACGGCUACCGGCAGGAAGAAGGUGGGGCGUCCCACGCCCAAGCCGAGGCCUAGGACUAUACCUCGCCCAGAACCUGAAGAGGAGCCCAUAGUCUCAUCCAGCGGCACCGAGUCAUCGUCGUGUUCGAUCGUGACCGGCGGCUCGCGCCUCGCCUACUCCUCGAGGGAGUCUGAUGACUCCAGGUAUGACUCAGCUGGCCCUUUCAUCAUCAUCAUCUUGCUCCUCAUAGUCUCAUCCAGCGGCACCGAGUCAUCUUCUUGUUCGAUCGUGACCGGCGGCUCGCGGCUCGCCUACUCCUCGAGGGAGUCUGAUGACUCCAGCUCACAUUCGGGCAGUAAGAGUGACAACAGCAGUUCAUCCAAAUCGUCCCAAUACUCGGACUGGGAGGCAGGCGAGCGCCUGGCGCCCCCCGCGCGCGCGCGCCGCCGCCCCGUGCAGCCCACCAAGCGGUACAGCCCGGGCAUUGCGGCGCCGAAGCGCAGCGAGCGAGCCGUCCCGAGCGCCUCGACCAGCGCCGCGCCGCCCGCGACAACUGUCAGUGAGCUGCCUGAAGCGUACCGUCCAGGCGAAUGGUUGACGGCCGUGAUGCCCAGAAAGGCCCCCUACUACCCUCAAAUGGGUGACCAUUGCGUCUACUUUAGGAUCGGUCACCAGAGGUACUUCGAAGCAGUGUCGGAGAAGGACGUCUACAAAGUGAAUCCGCGAGAUAAGCCGUGGGAGAGAACACAGAUUAAUGACUGCGAGCCAGUGAAAGUGGUCGGCAUUAAAUACGUCAUCAAGCCACCGCGCGUCGCCUGCCUACGACUAGCUUGCACCAACCGACGGGCCAGCUUCACAGUGCGAUACCAUGACAUGCCAGAUGUGAUAGACUUUCUGAUACCGAUGCAGCAUUACGAGGCAGCUGUUGCCAGAGGCUGGAGCCAGGGAGACAGAUUCCGCUGCAUGAUAGACGACUCGUGGUGGACGGGCGUGAUCCUCGAGUCGACGGGCCCGGCGGGGGGCGCGGGGGGCGGCUGGGCGGGGGCGGGGGGGCACUUCCUGUCGCUGCGCGUGCGCUGGGACAACGGCGAGGUGGAGCGGCUGUCGCCGUGGGACCUGGAGCCGCAGGAUUUGACGCGCCUACCCUCAGAGCCUGGUGGUGCAGUCCCGGUCCUCCCUUCAGAGCUAGAAGCCGCUCUAUACCGCGCCGAGGAGCACGAGUGGCCUCCCACGGGCGACCGCGCCGCCGCCUGCCAGGCCAUCGCCGCGCAUAUACAACUGGUGAUGACGCUGUCAGUGGCGGAGCCGUUCGUGGCGCCGGUGGACCUGCAGCUGUACCCGACGUACGCGCUGGUGGUGCCCUACCCCGUGGACCUGGCUACCAUCAAGGCCAGGUUCGAGAACUUGUUCUACAGACGCAUGGCGGCGGCGCAGUUCGACGUGCGCUAUUUGGCCAGCAACGCGGAGCAGUUCAACAAGGUGCACUCGCCCAUCGUGAGGCAGGCGCGGCUGGUCACCGAGCUGCUGCUGCACAUCAUCAGCCAUUGGAACGACGUGGACGUGGUGGCCAAGUACCACGAGCUGGCGUCCUCCUACCACUCGACUGAUGAGGAGGAAAUACCGCUCAGCAAACACAAGUCGACAUCCCGCUCCCGAGCCGCCGGCGACUGGCGCUCCUGCUGCGCGCGCGUGCUGGCCUCCCUGCUGGCCUCGCCCGACGCGCAGCCCUUCCGCGAGCCCGUGCCGCCCGCCGAGGCGCCAGACUACCACACGGUGAUAUCAACGCCUAUGGACCUGGGUACAGUCAGCCGAAAGCUGGAAGCGAACGAGUAUACUUCGCAGGAUGAGUUCGCGGCCGACGUGCGGCUGAUAUUCUCCAAUAGCCGACAGUACAACACGAAUAAGCGGAGUCGGAUAUACUCGAUGACAGUGCGGCUGUCGGCUCUGUUCGCGGCGCUGUGGUCGCGGGUGCCGCUGGCGAGACGCCGCAGCCGCGCGCCCACCACUAGGACACAGCACAGAAGGCAACCGGCGCCCGCGCCGCGCUCCCCCUCCGCCAGCUCGAGCGAGAGCGAGACGCUCGCCGUCACCUCCAUGCGAGUGAGGCAGCGACUGCGCGACUCCACACCCACUUAUAAAGGCAAAGGUGUCGGCAAAAAGAGUAAAAACGUGUCACAGCCGGGGCCGAGCUCCAGCAGCCAGCAUGAUGAUGACGAGGAUGGAGACGAGCCAGUCCAAAACGGCGUCCACCAUUCCUCAACAGAGAGCGAAUACACCAACAUAGAGGUGUUAGAGGAAGAACUAGUGGAAGACGAAGUGGAGCUGACUUAUGAAGAGCAGUGCAGCCCGCCGCGCGAGUGGGACAGAGAUAGAGGGAGGCGGGGCACAUCCUCCCACCGCAAGCGUCGAAGGUUACCCAGCAGCGGCAGCAGCAAUAAGUCCUCCCGCCCGAGCCGGCGGAGAAGCAGGGGCCGGGCGAGGCCGACGCCGCAUAAACGGACGAGAGAGCGAGUGACGGACGGCAGCGCGUCAUCGUCAUCAUCGUCGUCCAAUGGCGUCGUGUCUCCGCAACGAUACGAGUCUGACCGCUCCUACCACCCCCGCUACAGCAGCGACGACGACGCGCCGCUCACUCUCUACAGACAAAGACAAGAAGAGAAUGUGGACGACGGGGCUGGCCCGUCAAAUCCUAGGAGAAAUAAAAGUAAAAAGGGCCGAGUUAGAUUAAGAGCGCGGCGCACUCCCACCCGCAAGUAUAACGAGGACAGUGAAGAGGACAGUAUAGCGGCCAUCAGCAAGCGAAUGCGCGGCGCGGCCGCCCCUAGACUGGCGCAGCUACUGGCCAACCGGCGCGCUACACAGGGUGCGCCACCGUCGCUGCCGCACACGACGGACCACAACUACUACAACGGACACGCGCCCGCGCACAACGGUGAACCCAGCGGCGCGGCCGAGCAGCCAGUAUCGAUAUCUUCGCGAGGUCGAGUGAGGAAACUCACGGCUAAAGCGAGAAUGCUGCGAGAAUAAACCACAGGAUGUAAGGUGUUACAGUGUACGGUCAGGAAAAGAGAUACAGUCCAACUAUAAAGUCAUGAAAACGGAAAUGGAUUCCAACAAUUUGUUUAAACCGGUAUUUAUACGAUUUAUUUAAGCACAAAUCUGUUAAAAAAGGUUAUCAAUUGGGAAUUUAUUGACUGACAAUCAAGAAUCACAAUAAGUUUCAAGGCUCUUUGUUUUCAGGACUUUAUAGUUUUACUAUAUGUAGGUAUGCCUCCCUAGCGCGAAUAGUUUGAUGCUAAAACUCAUGUGUGGAAGAUAGAUGAAUCGAAUAACAUUUAACGAUAAAUAGAAUCAAUCUCGAUAAGUUCAGUAUUUUUUCUUUUACGAUACGUGACAGUGGCUUCACUGCAUAAUAAAAUUCAAGUGUUUGCGAUGGGGAUACAUAUCUCUUUUGCUGGCUAUACAUUGGCAGCGGAUGUGGUUGCAGCAGACCAUUUUAAAAAGUAAUAUUUUUUUUGUUUUUUUCGAUAUGAGGGGCGGUUGUCAGGCAACCCAGUUUAAAUUUAAUGCGGGCAAAACUUACAUUAACCCACCGGAAGAUGUUAUUAAAGUUGCGUACAGACCGUCCAAACGAACGCCAACGUACGGGUUUCGUUGACCUUCGUUGCUGCAAUCUGCCCUGUAAUAUGUAUGAUAAAUAUUCAUCGUUGGGCGUUCGUUGGGCCGGUCUGUAAGCACUUUUAGAAGACGAAUAAUAAAUGCAAUUUUAGCUUCAAGUAUUUUUAGACCAGGUGUCGCUUGCAUUCAUAAUAUUAAUUAUUACUUAUUAGUUGAAUCACUACAGUCGUCGAAAUAUAAUAGGCCCGUUUGGACAGCUACACAAAUUUUCU